GUCGAGUUGUGGUGACACGUAGCUAGCUGCGUCGAAAUGGCAGGAGGUGUGUGGAAAAAGUCGUCCCCUGGUCCACGGUCUAGAGUGUGGGCGCCACUUCGUACACUAUGGCAGGAGAAACAUUUGAUCGUAUUCAAGGCAGAGUACACAAUACUGGUCGCCUCUGUUCUGUGGUUCCUGGAGAUCGGAAUAAACAUAUGGGUCAUCCAAAAAGUAGCAUACACAGAGAUCGACUGGCAGGCGUAUAUGGAUGAGGUAGAGGGAGUCAUCAACGGCACCUACGACUACACCCAGCUCAAAGGAGGCACAGGCCCGCUGGUAUACCCAGCAGGAUUUGUGUACACCUUCACAGCGCUGUAUUACAUCACCAACCACGGGGUGAAUAUUCGCCUGGCCCAGUACCUGUUUGCUAUUUUCUACCUGCUCACCCUGCUGCUCGUCUUCAGGAUCUACCACCGCACCCAGAAGGUUCCUCCCUACGUAUUCUUCUUUGUGUGCUGUGCCUCCUACCGGAUCCACUCCAUCUUCGUCCUGCGUCUUUUCAACGACCCUGUAGCCAUGAUGAUGUUGUUUGGGGCUGUCAAUCUGUUCCUGGAUGGCCGCUGGUCUCUGGGCUGUGGCCUCUACAGUUUAGCAGUGUCUGUGAAGAUGAACGUGCUCUUGUUUGCCCCGGGCCUCCUCUUCCUCCUGCUGUCUGAGUUUGGCCUGAUGAGGGCCAUACCCAAGCUCUCUCUCUGUGCUGCCAUCCAGAUAUUGUUGGGCCUACCCUUCCUGAUGGAGAAUCCCAUUGGCUAUAUGACCCGGGCCUUUGACUUGGGUCGUCAGUUUAUGUUCAAGUGGACAGUGAACUGGCGCUUCCUGCCUGAGUGGCUUUUCCUAAGUCGCUACUUCCAUCUGGUGCUCCUGGCUGCCCACCUGCUAGCCCUGCUACUGUUUACCCUGCGCCACUGGAAGAGGCCUGGAGAGAGCAUCAUGGAUCUGCUGAAGGAGCCAGGCAAGCGAGUCAACCCUGCCCAGAAACUCACCUCGGAUCAUAUGGUGCUGAUCCUCUUCACGUCUAACUUCAUCGGCAUGUGCUUCAGCCGCUCGCUGCACUACCAGUUCUACGUUUGGUACUUCCACACCCUACCUUUCCUUCUCUGGAGCGGAGGAGUCAAGAAGCUGGCUCACCUACUCAGGGUUUUGAUCCUCGGCCUGGUGGAGCUGUCGUGGAACACCUACCCUUCUACUACACACAGUUCAGCAGCCCUCCAUGUCUGCCAUCUCAUCAUGCUGCUCUCCCUGUGGUUCGCCCCCCGGGUAGAGGAGAAGACCAAGAGCAAGUGAGCUUUUCCCCUAGGAGACCCUCCUGUCGUAGGGGUCUGGUCGACCAUCUCCACCCUGCUCUCACCCCAGGCUGCUUCUCACCCUUCACCACGUCUUUCUCAUCUCGCUGUAGCUCUGUGCUAAUGUAUAGCGUAACGUACAGGUGGGAGAAGGUACAGCGUGAGACUGCAUGUGGAAGGUUCGUGGGGUGGGAGGAGGCCCGAAAACAAUUAGGAUUCUCAGGUUAAAGAAUUAAAUCUAAUAUAGGUUGGGGUCUCGUUGUGAGGAGAAAUGCUGAAUGCUUUGCUGUAUUGUCGAUAAGACAUCUUAAGUAAGGGUCUCUUACUUUCAGUAUGCAUUUUUUAUGAUUUGUCCUGUUAAGUAUUAUCACUGGUCUUGGUGAUAGUAGAGAACAGUCAAACUGUUAGUACAGUAGUUCCUCAUCCUGGCAAUCAGCUGGUCUGAACUUCUUGUUACUGGACUAUUUGUUGAUGUAAGCUCAGUUGGUAGAGCAUAGUGCUUGCAAUGCCAAGAUAGUCGGUUCGAUUCCAGAGACCACCCAUGUGUAAAAAAUAUAUUUUUAAAUGUAUGCAUGACUCAGUUCUUUUGGAUGAAAGCAUCUGCUAAAUGGCAUAUUAUAUUGAAGAUGGUUUCUGUUUUUUUUUUAAUGAAGCUUAAAUUGAACUGCAAUAAGCUUUUGGUACCACCCAUUGGGCACAAUAGGAAUGACGUAGCCUAGCUACCACAAGGCUUACUAUAGGCUAAUACAUAAUAAAUGGCAUUUCAUAUAACAAUAUGACCAUGCAAAACUAAGCUGUUGACAAUCAAGGUUCUGUCGAUUUGUUAAAACAAAAUUCUAAUAGAUUGGUUUUCAGUGUGGUGUGCAGUAGACUAAUAGAAGGCCGGUUUCCUGCACCUAGAUUACGCCUCUACCCCUUGUCAACACGCACUGAUGUUAUUUUAGUCUAAGAAUAGAGGUAGUUCAGCGAGCUAAUGUUGAUAUUUUGGUGAACUGUGCCUUUUAAUAUGAAUACCGAACUGUACCUUUUAAUAUGAAUACCGAACUGUGCCUUUUAAUAUGAAUACCGAACUGUACUUUUUAAUAUGAAUACCGAACUGUACCUUUUAAGUAUGAACUCUUUUAAUGUGCUGCCAUAGAUUAUGUGUAGCGGAGUUUAAUGUUCAUAUUUGUUUGCUGAUAUACAGUAUACAUACACUUAGGUUGGAGUCAUUAACUCGUUUUUCAACCACUCCACAAAUUUCUUGUUAACAAACUCAGGACAUCUACUUUGUGCAUGACACAAGUAAUUUGUCCAACAAUUGCUUACAGACAGAUCUGUACAAACAAUACUACGCAAGUAUAAAUACCAUGGGACCACGCAGCCGUUAUACCGCUCAGGAAGGAGACAAAUUCUGUCUCCUAGAGAUGAACAUACUUUGGUGCGAAAAGUGCAAAUCAAUCGCAGAACAACAGCAAAGGCCCCUGUGAAGUUGCUGGAGGAAACAGGUACAAAAGUAUCUAUAUCCAGUAAAACUAGUCCUAUAUCGACAUGACCUGAAAGGCUGCUCAGCAAGGAAGAAGCCACUGCUCCAAAACCGCCAUUAAAAAGCCAGACUACGGUUUGCAACUGUACAUGGGGACAAAGAUUGUACUUUUUUGAGAAAUGUCCUCUGGUCUGAUGAAAUAACAAUAUAACUGUUUGGCCAUAAUGACCAUCGUUAUGUUUGGAGGAAAAAGGGGGAGUCUUGCAACCUGUUUGAACACCAUCCCAGCCUUGAAGCACGGGGGUGGCAGCAUCAUGUUGUGGGGUGCUUUUCUGCAGGAGGGACUGGUGCACUUCACAAAAUAGAUGGCUUCAUGAGGAGGGAAAUGUUGUGGAUAUAUUGAAGCAACAUCUCAAGACAUCAGCCAGGAAGUUAAUGCUUAGUUGAAAAUGGCUCUUCCAAAUGUCAAAUCUUCCGAAGUUGUGGCAAAAUAGCUUAAGGUCAACAAAGUGAAGAUAUCGGAGUGGCCAUCACAAAGCUCUGUCAGGAGGAAUGGGCCAAAAUUCACCCAAUUUAUUGUGGGAAGCUUGUGGAAGGCUACCCAAAACGUUUGACCCAAGUUAAAUAUUUUAAAGACAAUGCUACCAAAUACUAAUUGUGUGUAUGUAAACUUCUGACCCACUGGGAAUGUGAUGAAAGAAAUAAAAGCUGAAAUAAAUCA